UCGGCGGGCGGCGCCUCCGCGGAGCAACAGGGCUCGCACCGGCGGCAGCGUAGCGAACGGCCGCGCAGCUUCCGCGGUUGCUGGCUGCUGCUUUGCAAAUCGGGCGGUGGGAGCCUGACGGCAGAGAGCUGCUUUUUCCUCGGGUGGCUUUUUUUUUUUUUUUUUUUUAAACAAUUAUUGUUAUUUUUAUGGUUUUUGUAAGCGUUACCAAAAAACCGCACAACAAGUGAACGAUGCAGGCCAGCUGCUGGCUGAGCUGCUGCUGUUUGGAUGUGACGGGGAGAAACAGCAAGAAGCAACACUCGUCCUCCCAUCAGUGGAAAUAGGCUUGGUACACGGAUUACUUAACGUUGAUUUACAAAUCUUCAGCAGAAGCUGGGCUCGGGAAGCCUAGUGAUCACACUCACCCAUUCAUUCCUUUUCUCUCACACACGAACACGCUCACCUCCCCCCCCCCCCAACACCCUUCUUUCUUUUUUUUUUUUUCUCUUGGAACAAGGCUGUUGCUUAUUGCCUUUUUGCAAAUGCCUGGGUGAGAAGCUGCGGUUGUGCAGAGUGCCCCCAGCUUAAGCUGCCUCCUUGGCUCGUUCUUGGCACUCUUGUUGCACAGGGAAAGCAGGGAGAAAAAUAACUCGUCAACCUGUGGUGCCGACUGACCUACCCACCUGCAGGCGUGGGUCAAUUGGCGCAGCCCCCUGCUCAGGACUGCUGUCACCAGAUCCUUACACUGGCAAGAACAGCACUGCUAUUUCUCUGCCUAUGAACAGUUAAGUGCUUCUUCUGCAUGACCAUAACCAAAGGGUGACCCAUCCACUCCCUUAUGUCCUAUGGGGACCUCAGAACCAAUUUCUCAGUCUUCAUCUCCUCCUCCUCCUCUUACCACUGCUGCUGACGCCCUGGGUGCUGCUCCCAGGUUUGAAACAUUGUUGACAGGCUGAAGACAGGAUUUGCAAAGACCUCCUCACUGUGUAAAUAGAGUGAUAGCUGGAAUUAAUUUCAACUCCCCAAAUAAUGAUAUUAAACAAUAGUAAGAUUGCUAGGCCAAAGCAUUACCAGGAACAAAUUAUGAGGAAAGAGACUAUUUGCAUUUGGUUGCAAUGAUGAACUAAAAUCAUCUAUGGAGAGCAGGUACCCUUUGUUUUGCGUGUUUUUGUCUUCAUGAAUGUAGUCAUGAAUCUGAUCAGAUCAGUGGUAGAUAUGGGAAAUAAAUGAAAAUAAAAGGGCUUAGUGGAUGAAAGAAUAAAGCCUCCACUGUUCCUUGAUCUAGUUUGAGAGUUUUAUCUUUCUUAUUAGCAAAACAAUAGGUGUUUUUUUGUCUGUUUUUCCCCAAACAUUUUAGACAGUAACAAAAUGCACAUCUAUGGUUUCCCAAAAGAUAGAUUCAGUGUUGCAACUAUGUUGCCCCGCUCUGUGUUCAAUGCACUGUCCUCCAAAUGCAAAUGGCUUUAAACUUUCUAUGGUGAAAGUUAAGGUUGCACUGUAAAUAAAUCAAAAGCUUUUGCGCUAAACUAUAACAAAGCUGUUGCAAAAUGGAGGUUGCAAUGGUGAGUGCAGAUAGCUCUGGGUGCAACAGCCAUAUGCCCUAUGGAUAUGCAGUCCAAGCUCGGGCCCGAGAGAGAGAGCGGCUGGCACAGUCAAGAGCUGCAGCAGCUGCAGCUGUAGCAGCAGCAACUGCAGCAGUAGAAGGGGGGGCAACAGGUGGAGGUGGACCAUAUCACCACUAUCACCAGGAACAGGGUCGAGGUGCUUCUUCCUCACAUGGUGGGAAUGCAUCACGCAGCAGCCUGCCCAACCGCCAGAGUGGUAAGAGAUGGAAGAAAGGGAAAAAAAGGAGCCACCACUUGGGAAGCAGGGAGUGUGGAGCCUCCUUCCCCUGUUCUGAGUUGCUUCCUCUCAGUGGUUCUGAAGAGAGAAUACUGAAGGACGUGAGUGAGGAGGAAGAGGAGGAUGAAGAUGAGGAUGAAGAUGAUGAGGAAGAAGGAAAACUCUACUACAGUGCUGACUAUGGGGAAGAUGAGUUUUCGUACUCAGACCAGCCACCUGAUGAUGGUGGAGGCCCUGGGGGUUACAGCUCUGUUCGCUACAGUGAGUACGAGUGUUGUGAGCGUGUGGUAAUCAACGUGUCAGGACUGCGGUUUGAAACACAACUGAAGACGUUGGCUCAGUUCCCGGAGACAUUGUUGGGUGAUCCAGCAAAGCGAGGCAGAUACUUUGAUCCUCUCAGAAACGAAUACUUCUUUGAUAGGAACCGGCCCAGCUUUGAUGCCAUACUGUACUACUACCAGAGUGGAGGUCGGCUGAAGAGGCCAGUCAAUGUACCCUUUGACAUCUUCAGUGAGGAGGUGAAAUUCUACCAACUUGGGGAGGAAGCCAUGCUCAAGUUUAGGGAAGAUGAAGGGUUUGUCAAAGAGGAAGAGGACAAAGCUUUGCCGGAGAAUGAGUUUAAGAGGCAGGUCUGGCUACUGUUUGAGUACCCAGAGAGCUCCAGCCCAGCCAGAGGCAUUGCCAUUGUCUCUGUCUUAGUCAUCUUGAUCUCCAUUGUCAUCUUUUGUCUGGAGACUUUGCCGGAAUUCAGGGAUGACAAAGAAUUCAUAAUGUCCCUGAGCUCAGGGAAGGGUAUUUCCAAUGAGUCGCUUCACUUGGAUGAUGGGGAGCACACCAUCUUCAAUGACCCUUUUUUCAUUGUAGAGACAGUAUGCAUCAUCUGGUUCUCCUUUGAGUUUACAGUGCGCUGCUUUGCAUGUCCGAGCAAAGCACAUUUCCUCAAGAACAUCAUGAACAUCAUAGACAUUGUCUCCAUCUUGCCUUAUUUCAUUACUCUGGGCACUGACUUGGUGCAGGAGCAGGGCAGUAAUGGUCAACAGGCCAUGUCUUUUGCCAUCCUGAGGAUCAUCCGUCUGGUCAGAGUGUUUCGCAUCUUCAAGCUUUCCAGGCACUCCAAGGGUUUGCAGAUCCUGGGUCACACACUCAGAGCAAGCAUGAGGGAACUCGGCCUCCUCAUUUUUUUUCUUUUUAUUGGAGUAAUUUUGUUUUCCAGUGCUGUUUACUUUGCAGAAGCUGAUGAGCCUGCCACCCAUUUUCAGAGCAUCCCAGAUGCCUUUUGGUGGGCUGUGGUGACCAUGACCACAGUUGGUUAUGGGGACAUGAAACCCAUAACUGUGGGUGGGAAAAUAGUUGGGUCCCUGUGUGCCAUCGCGGGAGUGUUAACCAUUGCUUUACCAGUGCCAGUGAUUGUCUCCAAUUUUAACUAUUUCUACCACAGAGAGACUGAGAAUGAAGAACAAACGCAGCUGAUGCAAAAUGCAGUCAGUUGCCCUUACCUCCCAACAAAUUUACUGAAGAAAUUUAGAAGCUCAUCAUCUUCAUCCACAGAGGAUAAAUCAGAGUAUUUGGAGAUGGAAGAAGGAGUUAAAGAAUCUCUUUGUGUAAAGGAGAAAAAAAGUCAGGACACGGGGAAUAGCAGUGAGUCAGAGAAGAAAAACUGUGUAAAUUCAAAUUCUGUGGAAACUGAUGUGUAAUUUCCAAAUAUAUUUAUUUUAUGUUUCCAAAUAUAUUUAUGCAUUAAAGAGUGCAGUGGAAAUAAUGAAAUAUGCAAAUGAGUCCACAGCAUACAGUAGUAUGCCAUUUAAUGGUUAAAUACAAAUAAAAAAACAUUGUUAAACUUGUAUAACAUAUCAAGUAAGUGAUAUAACUUGAGGAAGGUGUUGCUAGAUCUGAUAUAACUUCAGACUGUAUUUUUUUUAGAAUGCAAGUGUUUUGCACAUUAGGCUGAAAAAUUUAUUAAAACCAAGUCAGUCUUAAAGUGAGUGCAUGAACUGUCGACGUCACUAAUAACAGCUCUGUGGUAAAAGUUGGCAUUCAGAGGUAUUUACUAUGUAAGAAGCAAUGAACUUUGGAAGUCAUUUAUCUAUUUAUCAGUGCUUUAAUAGCAGCUACCAUAAAUCAUUGGAUACCAUAGUCUUGUUUUUCAAAUGGUAAAUUUAUUGUAUAAAGAUAUUCUACAGAAGAUAGAUCUAAUUUUUUUUUUUCUUGGAACCUAUAAUGCUUGUUUUUAACUGGAAAUUUACUUUGAGAAGGCUGCUGAACCUCCAGAAAUGAUUUAUUUUUAUAACUCUCUUUGGAGGCAUUGCAGCAUUUGUUGUCUAAUAAUGAAAGAAAUGAAAUAAGAGAGUUGUUUAGCCUGGUCUGACUGCAAAGGCAAAAUGACUGGAAUGCUUUUUUGCACUACUUUAUAUGCUGGAGUUAUAUUGAAAGAGACUUCAUACUGUGAAUGUUUACUAAUGUAAUAGUUCAAUGACAAUCAUUGGAAGAGUGAAUUCUGCAUCAUAUUUUAUUGCUUUUUUUUUUUCUGGUUUUGUUUUGUUUUUCCUUUAUGUGAUGCUGAUGGCAAAACAGCUAACAUUACAUCAAUUCCGUACUCUUUUAAUUAUGAAUAUCUGUGAUCUGGAAAAGGAUUGUGAAGUAAAAUUUUAUAAGCAAAA